AAGCCUAUAAUAACAUGGCUCCGUUGAAGACUGUUCUAGUCUUUGGAAAAGUUGGAUUGGUUCAAUGUCUUCUGUUGAUUCUUUAUUGUCAGCCUGUAGCUACUACAGUACUAUGGACAAAACCAGUCCCACGUUGGAGCCAAAGGGAUCCAAAUGACAUCAGGACAGUUGUUAUUAACGUGUUGGAGGGCAGCACCAAGGUUCACCUGAGCUGGAAUUACGCCCUGUCAGAUGGCUCAGAUCUAAGGACUACAACUUUUUCCAUUAACGAUGGUACUGGUUGGAAUGAUAUUGGAGUUAUAUACCAUUCUGACAAUAGCACUGUGAUAUAUGACAGAAAUAAUUACAAGACAAGAUUUAAUAUCAGCGAAGGUGAUGUGGCCACCCUGAUACUAAAAAAAAGUGACUCAAAAUGAACUAGCGAUUUUCCAAUGCAGGCUCUCCACGCUAAGAAACCCUUGGAUCUACAGGAUUCACGUGAAUUUUACAAAGCGACAUCUCAACUGGGUGGAGCGGCCUUUAUCUGUUGUUGUUGUUGAACGACACAACAUCACCCUUCAGUGGACCUAUAUGAAAACACUUGGCAUAGCCUCAACAUUUCGAGAGGCAAAACUCAUUGAUCUUAGUCGCGGGGAAACAACCAUUUUAGAGAAAGCGGUGACCACUUUGCCACAUGUAAAUGAAGCGUACAGACCUCGGUUUCACGUCGAUUAUAUACAAGAUACUAAAGCGUCCAUAACCAUUGUUGGUCUACAAAGAUCAGACGGAGGAAGAUAUAGAUUUGAUGUUAAAACUCACAGGAAGGACAUCGACCAACUUAACACGCUCUCCAGUAUCAUGGAACUCUCAGUUCAGUAUGCGGCGAACAUGACGAAUGUGAGCGACCACCAAAUUGUGCGAGAAGGAUCUGUCCUUCAAUUGUUCUGUCAAGCAUCUGGCAAUCCAGCCCCAAACAUAACGUGGACCAAAGUGCCUGAAAAUAGUGACCAUUAUGGUAAGGCGCUACUUCAUGGAUCCACUUGGAAAUUUACAAGCAUUAACAGAACAGCUUCUGGAAGCUACAACUGUACAGCCGACAAUGGAAUUGGAUGUCCAAUUUGGCGCGUAACAGAAGUCAAUGUUACCUAUCCAGCCAAGGUCAUCAAGCUUGCCAGUGAACAUGAAGUUGCAGGAAAGAAAAGUGUAAAUCUUCAAUGCGAAGCCGAAGGAAAUCCUCAGCCAGCUUACACGUGGUCCCCAUGUGAUCCACAGAACCAAGCAUGCCACGAGAGCACACUAACUAUUUCCAAUGUUCUCUAUGAUGCCGUAUACUCCUGCAAUGUGGCAAAUGGUUUGGGUAGUGAUACAAGAAGGACCAACGUUGUCAUAGUGGAUACUGUGAUAAAUGCGUCACUUUUCAUCAAUGAACAAUGUCAUGGAGAAGCUUUGUCUGUAUCUGUGUUACUGGAGAACCUUAAAGCGAAGAUCGACGAAAUAUUUGAAAAUGAAGAAGGAUACACAAGCACGGAGUUGGCAAAUUUCAGGUGUCGGAGUGCGAUUGUUGAUUUAGCCUUGAAGUUUAAUUCCUCUACCAAACAAGAUAAAGUACUUACAAUGCUGCGAGACUCUGCCAACAGUGGAGCGCUAAAAGAGUUUUGUGUGAGAGCCUCAGAGGUAGUGGCUUGGCGACCUAACAGUUCAACUUAUAGCAUCAAAUGUAUUCAAAAUUAAAGACGUAUUAAAAAAUGAAGGACACACAAGCACAGAAUUAACAAGUUACAGAUUCUUAUCAACCACAAGGUGAAAUGCUGCUAAAAUCAGGCACUCGUCUCCCUAAGAAUGACCGUCUUACUCAAAGUACCUGAGAGCUUGAUGUGACCUCCACAUAUUUAGCUCAGGGACCACAGCGAGAUUGCAGUACACUUCCCUCUCACCACAGACCACCCUCUUAUGAGGAAGCCUCGAAACAGAAAGAUAGAAUGAUGAUGACAGAACCAAGGCCAAGUAGAUCCACAGGCGGCAGGCAGAGGCAACGGCAAAGGCCCUCGGAAGAGAGAUGUCUAUCGCUAUUUAUUACAUUCAUGUACAUUUUAUAAGUACAACCAUUCAUGCAACUCUCCCUUCCAGGACCACUUUAUUUUAUUGCGACGUAAUAAGCGGCGUUGUUCCUCCAUGCUGUGCUGUGUAGUGCUUUGUUAUACUUUGCUAUGUUGUGUCGUGCUCAGAUCAGUUGUGUUCUGCUGUGUCGCGCUUUCUUGUGCUGUGCUUGGUUGGGCUGUGGUAGGAUUUACCAGUGUAAGCCAACUUUUUUACACCGAGACUCCCGUUAAUCCUUGAUCGCCCCUUCCCACUUGCCUUCUCUCUUUUUCCUUCACGGACUUUAGAACAACAUCUAGCAUUUCUGGGAAUCUUUAAUGCCUAUGUCGAGUUCUGAUUAUUAUAUUUUUAUACAGGGCGGGAGAAGCCAGUGUAGCACCAAGUGAAAUGAGGUCCAAUCAAGACGAACAUAGAGAUACCAUUAAGAAAGGGCCGCUUAAUCUAACGGCAAUUUAUGCCUUGCCAGACAAGAAAAAGAAAUUAAAUUAACGAAGUCCUGAAUCCAUCGGAGCGGCUCUUGACUCAUCCCAAGCAAAUCCUACGAAGGAAGAACCUACUAAAGGACCAAUUCUACAAAACCCUGUAAAUUUGGACCUGGGUGACUCCACCUGUGUAUGUUCGAAUGAGGAGCCAAGGAACCUAAUUAUCCCCAUCGAAAUGUUACCUAACAACCGCCCAACGCCCAAAAGUGACGACACAGAGUCUCUUGCAGUCGUGUUGAGGGCUCAUGACCAAGAACGUUCAAAUCGUGCAAGUAUCAUGGAAAAUGGAAAAUCAGAGCCUUUGUCACCGCUUCAUUUAACUUUGGAAAAACUACAACGUCCACGGAAUAGUUCAAGCGGUGCUGAACGUUAUCAGCCGGAGCGGAGUAAACUGCCGUAUAGGAAUGUCCGUGGACAACCUGUGAGACCAGACACACUAUCAAUGACGAUCUUCACAAGACUCGAUCCACAAAAAGCCGGAAACACCUCAAAACCAGUGGAAGCCCGUCGGGUUCCAGACCCUCAGCAGGGAAUCAUCGGAUGCUAGUUACGUCACGUACCUGGUCUGAUGGCAUGGUAAUCUGUCUUCUAAACAGGUCUAUAUUCCUGAUUUGAGCCCGAGGCAUGUAACUUACAUACAAAUAUCAAGCACAGCUAUUCGCUUCCAACCGAAAAAAUAACCUCUAGAGCUGUAAUUUGGCUUCAUUCAAAGAAGGGAACUGACUUUCAAAUUGCCAGCUUUAGAGAAUUCCAUCUUUGGGACUAGAUCACUGAACCGGCCCGAUCCCCUGAUGAUAACACAUUUCUCUCAGGUAAUUGGCGAAUUUUGUGCAUUCUGAAUGGCCAACCCAGUGUAGAAUAGCUAAGUGCUGGUUAGCUCUAAACGUAUCGAAUAUUUGCCGUUACACCGUCGAAUAUAGCGGCCAUCUUAGGGUAUAUAACAUGCUUUAACUAUUCUAAGAGGGAUAUAAUGCAUUUUGACCUUUCCGUAAGUAAAAAAAUGAUUUGUGCUGUACAUAAAUGCAUGACAACGUCAAAAUAUAUUGUUAAGAAGGAAACCAACUAUUGGUGUUAUAAAGAAAAAGACGUCAACGGAAUAAAAGGCAACACACAGUAACUACAUCA